AUGAAAAACCAAAAGGAAAGCAAUUUGCGAGAAACGAUUAAAAUUAUUCCUGAAGUUUUUCUCAGAGUCUUUCUCGAAGCCGUUCUAGAAGCACUUCACUAUGUUGUUCUCUAUGCUAUUCUAGAGGCACUUCUCGAAGUUGUACUAGAAGUAUUUCCCGAAGUUAUACUAGAGGCACUUCUCGAAGUCGUUCUAGAAGUAUUUUCCGAAGUUAUACUAGAAGCAUUUCCCCAAAUCGUUUUAGAAGUAUUUCCUGAAGUUAUACUAGAAGCAUUUCCCCAAGUCAUUCAAGAAGCAUUUCCCAAA